AUGAUAAAGAAGUGGUAUGAAAUGGCAAAAAUAUGCUGUUUCAACAGAGCAUCCCCUGCACCACCGCCCUUACAGUUUCACUCUCAGGUAUUGAAGAUUGCUGUCAGUGGAGUCACAGAGCUUCUGAGGUUUUUUUCUCUUUCUCAACAAACAAGCAUAUUGAGCGGUGAUAUUGAGAAACAGAACAAUGAAUUCACAGUUUCAAGUGUUGAUGAUGUUCUAAUCAUCAUCAAGUCUGAUUAUGACAACGCAUAUUUUGUCACAGGGAACUUCACUUCUUCAAUUUAUGCAGAAGACUGUGUCUUUCAAGAUCCAACUAUUAAAUUUAGUGGUAGGGAGUUAUACGCGCGAAACUUGAAAUUGCUUGUUCCCUUCUUCGACCGCGCCUCAAUUAGACUACUAAAGAUCGAAAAGGAUGUUGAAUCUGACACAAAUUUUCUGCGCGCAUCUUGGAAACUGAGGACCAACCUAAAGCUUCCUUGGAGGCCUCUCAUCGCUAUUGAUGGAAGCACUUCUUAUGAAUUGGAUGAUGAUUUCAAAAUCAUUAGGCACGUCGAGAGUUGGAAUGUUUCCGCACUCGAAGCAGUUUUGCAGAUUUUCACUUUCAAGUUUGAAAAAUCAGGCGGUUAA